AUGUCUCAGAGUAUGCGCAAGGACCACAACGCACUUCAAAUUCCAUGCGGCUACUUACACUGUGCUCGCUACUUCAAGACUCAAGGAGGGCGCAAAAAGCACUGGAACGUUUCCCACCCAACGUUUAGACAAGCCACUGUCUCGCAUACUGUCACAGUCGAAGACGAGCCCGAACUACCAGCCAAUGACCCUCCCGCAGGCGACAACGACUACCCUGCGGACAAUAAUGACCUUCCAGCAGGUUUGUCUGACCCGGGACAGGCAUUUGACAAGUCCAACAAUCUGGUCGACGUAGACACUGUUUUUUUCGGGCCAGGUGAUAGAUUAUACCGUAACUAUCACCCUAAACUAAACGCGUGUCCAUGUGAUGCAAUGGGACACUUCCUUGAAGAUGGUGCACCUCCAGCGCCACCUCCAGACAAGUCGCCCGACGACUGGACUCCGUACCGGGAUCGUGUCGAGUUUGAGACUGCGGAGUUUCUGUAUGCGCGCAACCAAAUGUCCGCCGGGGAUAUCAACAUUUUAUUGGAUCUUUGGGCCGCAACCCUCCUGAAAUACGACGACAAGCCGCCGUUCGCAGACUGCCGCGACUUGCAUAGAACGAUCGACAAUACACCAUUAGGCGAUGUCAAAUGGCAAUCGUUCAAGGUACGGUACACUGGGGAGAAGCCAACAAGCGAUGUACCACCCUGGAUGGACCAGUCUCAUGAUGUGUGGUACCGUGACCCCCAUGAGGUGAUUCGGAAUAUGUUGGGAAAUCCCGACUACGAAAAAGAGAUGGAUUACCGCCCUUUCCGUGAGUACUCAGCUGACGGCGACAAACGACAAUGGCAGGACUUCAUGUCCGGUGAUUGGGCUUGGAAUCAAGCCGACAUAAUUUGUGAAGAUCCGGAUACGCUCGGCUCAACAUUCGUAUCGGUUAUACUCGGAUCUGAUAAGACCACUGUUUCGGUGGCGACUGGCGCGAACGAUUACUAUCCCUUAUACGUAUCGAUUGGCAAUGUGCGCAACAACGUCCGGCGUGCACAUCGUGACGCCGUUGCCAUUGUUGGUUUCCUUGCUAUGCCGAAAACUACGAAGGAGCACGCUGCCGAUGCAAUAUAUCGGAAAUAUCGCCUGACAAUUAUUCUCGAGAACCUGAGACCGAGCAUGACCAAACCAGAGGUUGUUCGCUUUGGUGAUGGCCACUAUCGGCGUGUGAUUUACGGGCUUGGUCCGUAUAUCGCAGAUUACGAAGAGCAGGUUCUUCUAGCAUGUAUAGUGCGCGGCUGGUGCCUCAGGUGUGUAUGUCCAACCGCAAAGAAUUUAGAUGAGAAGUCGUUGUGUCGGUGUCGUGACCAUACGGAGGCGCUGAUCGAAGAGGUUGCAACGUCCCUCACGCUGUGGGACGAGUACGGGAUUGUCGGCGACCUUGUUGUAAGUCUCAUAUAUCCGUUUACAAACGACUUCCCUUGCGCUGAUAUACAUGAGUUGAUUGCACCGGAUCUCCUGCAUCAACUCAUAAAAGGAACCUUCAAGGAUCACUUGGUCGAGUGGGUUGGAAAGUAUUUGGUACACGUACAUGGUAAGAAAGAGGCAGAGAAAAUUCAAGAUGAUAUAGACCGAAGAAUUGCUGCAGUUUCCUCCUUCGCAGGCCUUCGACGCUUUCCAGAAGGUCGAGGAUUCAAACAAUGGACAGGUGAUGAUUCGAAAGCGCUUAUGAAGGUUUAUUUACCCGCCAUCGAAGGCCACAUCCCAACUGAUGUGGUGCGCACGUUUCGUGCAUUCCUUGAAUUCUGCUAUCUCGUACGGCGUAGCAUCAUUACGGAAUCUACAUUAUAUCAAAUCCAGGACGCUCUCGACCGAUUCCAUCACUACAGGGCUAUUUUUGAGUCCACCGGCGUCGUUUCCACGUUCUCCCUCCCUCGACAACACUCGUGCUCCCAUUACAUCCUCCUUAUCCGACUUUAUGGUGCGCCGAAUGGCCUUUGCUUGUCAAUCACGGAGACAAAGCACAUCAAGGCAGUGAAGGAACCGUGGAGACGAUCGAGUCGCUACAAAGCACUCGGUCAAAUGCUGGUGACAAACCAGCGCUUAGAUAAACUUGCCGCAGCGCGCGUGGAUUUCAAGAGCCAGCAUUUGCGCUUGAAUAAGGAUCCUUUUGCCACCAACGAGUCCAACCAAGACAACGACAAUCUUUUGGUGCUGCCUUCCAACCCCGACGUUACGAUACUUGGCGAUAACGAAGAGGGUGAAAUCGACGACAGCCCAACGCUGGUACAAGCCCACGUUCAGUUGGCAAAAACGAUUCAACGCAAACGUGCACGCACGAUCUCUAAUUUAUCUACAGAACUUGGUAUCCCCCAUCUCUACACCCUCCUCCGCCGAUUCUUAUUCGAGCAAGCAAACCCAGACGACCAGCAUGCUCCCUCUGACAUCCCGCUUGCAAGAUGUCCUCAAUUCGAUGGAAAAAUUCAAGUGUUCAACUCUGCGUCGUCAAUGUUUUAUGCACCCAGUGACCGCAGCGGGAUUGGCGGCAUGCGGCGGGAACACAUCCGUGCCUGUCCCGUUUGGAGAAACAAAGCACCCCGGUAUGACUGCGUGUUCGUUAACACGGAUGCAGCCCGUAUAAUGUGUUUUUUUUCAUUCACAUUUGAAGGUAUUUCGUACCCAUGCGCUGUAGUACGCUGGUUCGACAAAGCCAGCAACGGGCCCAACGAAGACACAGGGAUGUGGAUCGUCCAGCCUUCAUUUGAUACAGAUAAUUCACCGUUCGUUGGAAUCAUCCACGUCGACUCGAUCUAUCGCGCCGCGCACCUUGUUCCAAUCUAUGGAACACAGUUCAUCCCACGCGACCUCAAGCACUAUGAUUCGUAUGAUGCUUUUCAAGCAUUCUACGUGAACAAAUUCGCAGACCAUCACGCAUUUGAGAUUGCGUCUUAG